AUUAUUCCCUUUCGUCCCCACUCGCUUAUAUUGACAUAGUAAAAUGGGAAGAAGAAGAAGAAGACGAAGACGGUGACGGAAUUAUUAGAAACGAAGAAGCCCAUUUCUCCGGUCCCCGUCAUUUGCUUCGGUCUUCCUCCUGACAUUUCCGGCGGCUAUUCUGACUCCGAUCCGCUCAUCGGAACAGAAAUAUUUCCGUUGGGAAGAAUUCGGAGCUUGGGAAGAAGUGUAGGACGUUGAUUAUUGAGAAAAAUAAUGGUUCAUCAUUCUAGCUUUGUGGAUGAGGAAGGAAUAAGCAAGGCUUGUGGUUGUCCUUUACUUCCUUUGAAAAGUCACAUAAAGGGUCCUGCUCCAGUUUCAGAUCAAGAUAAGACUGAUAUUGUUGAUGAAGCAAUUACAUUCUUUCGUGCCAAUGUCUUCUUUAGAAAUUUUGACAUUAAGAGUGCUGCUGAUAAGCUUCUCAUCUAUUUGACAUUCUACAUCAAUGUGGCUUUGAAGAGGCUUGAAGGUUGCAGAACUUUGGCUGUAGGAACCAAGGCUAUAAUUAACUUGGGUUUGGAGAACGUUCCCGUGCCCGGAGAGUCAGGCUUUCCCUUUCCUGGACUCUUCCCUAUUCCCCAAUCUAAUGAGGAAGCAGAGCUAUUCAGGAAUUAUUUGAAGCAGAUAAGAGAAGAAACAAGUGGGAGACUUUUGAGUGUUGCCUAUAGAACCAAUGGGACUCCAAAUAAAUGGUGGUUAGCAUUUGCAAAGAGAAAAUUCAUGAACAUCAUCAUUCCUUGAUGAAUUUGCUUCCAAGACUGUUGAUGUGAAAGUUAUGAACAUCAGCAUUCCUUGAUCACAUGGACUGCUUGUGGUUUCUACUGGUAUUUUAGGAGUUAGUUUGUAUGAACAGAAUCUGAAUGUUAUAUCAGUUUAUGCUAAUGCAUAUCAAAUUUCAUCAGAAGUUAGGUCAUAUUCUUUUUCUUUUUAAUAAUCAUCUUAAAUGUAAUGUGCUGUCAUUUUACAAUUUUUGUACAUCAAUUACACAACCCAUCUUAAUCAGAGGAAAUAGUUUAUGUCCCAUCCAUUCAUGUUUCUCAUUAAUUUAAAUGCCCUGUUUUUGUUCUAUUCUGUAAAUUAAGGUGAUCUGUACUCUUCAAAUUGAUUUUAUCUAAUCUCAUACCAUGCCCUUAGCUGUUGUAUCACAUGCACACAGCCCAACUAUCUCGACAUUGAUGACUGCAUUUUUGUUUACUUUUUACCUUUAAUAAAAUGUUUUAAAGAAUUUUGAAAGUCAUUCUAGAUAAACUCAAAAUCUACUUACUUUUCGUUUCUUAUACUUUCUAACUUAUUACAAAUAUUGUUCAUCUCUAUGGUGCAUACACACAAGAAUGAGAAUGAGAUUGACUCUCUUAGUUCUUCCUAGUCUGACCUGUCUGCCACACCUAUAUUAUUGAUCUACGAUUGAUGUAAUCAAACAAGUUUAUUUUACAGUUAGCACAUAUUCACCAUGCCCUUUCUCUUGUCAUUUCUCAGACCCAAAAUGUACUUGCUUUUUGUUUUUUGUACUUUCUAACUUGUUAUUGUUCAUCUCUAUGUACAUGCACAGGAAUUAGUUAGAAUGAGCUUGACUCUCUAAGUUCUUUUCAACCUGACCCUUCUGGCACUCUUAUAUUAUGGAUCUGUGAUUGAUGUAAUUAAACAUAUUGAUCAUGCUUUUCUCUUGACCUUUCUCAAAUCCAAAAUCUACUUACUUUUUGUUCCUUUUACUUUUUAAAUUGUUAUAAUUACUGUUCAUCCCUAUGUUCUUAUACAUAGGAACGAGAAUGAGAUUGACUCUCUAAAUGCUUCCCAACUCGAACCUUCUAUCACUCUUAUAUUAUCAAUUACCGGUAGCACGUUAUUGACCACACCCUUUCUCUUGUCCUUUGUUUUUCUUUUCUUUUUUCAGGGAACUUUAAUUUCUAGCAGCUAUUAGCUUAGGGAGGUAAUGAAGGAAGGAAGAAGCAGACAGCAAGUACAAAAUCAUGAAACCAUUGGCCAAGAAUCGUGGUGUCGAUGCCUCCAACCCCUCUAUGAUUGGUCUUUUCCUUUACAUAUUUAUAUUUACAUAUCUACAGGGCCCAUUAUUAAUUUCAUUGUUGACGAAUAUUUCAAAGGCAUUCCAAAUACAGCUCAAUUGACAUUUUAACGUGUCAAAA